GUACGCGUUUUCCAAAGCUUUUCUUUUUUUUUUUUUCUUCUCUUCUCUGUUCCCUGGGUCCAAUAUAACAGCUCGCUAACGAGCGAACACAGUUUCUGAAAAAUUCUCUUCUUCUUCUUCUUCUUCCUUUUAUUAUUACUAUUUUCUAUUCUGUUAUUUGAUUAUUUUAGUCUCAGAUAUUUCCAGUUUCGGCUUCUUCAGUUCAAUGCCUAUCUGAAGCUUUUGAUUUCUCUCUUCAUAAGUUUUGGGCUCAGCUUAUACUAAUCCUCUUGUCGGUUAAGUUUUCUUUAGCUUUCAUGGACAAGAGGAACUGGAAAUUCAGCAGGUUUGGUGUUCUUCUGCUGUUUUUGCUCUACCGGAGCUUUAUUUUGUGUUGGUCGCUCAACGACGAAGGUUUGGCGUUGUUGAAAUUUAGAGAGAGAAUAGUGAGUGAUCCGUACGGCGCGUUGAAGAACUGGAAGGAUGAAGAUGGAGUUGUUGAUCCAUGUCCUUGGUUUGGAGUUGAGUGCUCUGAUGGAAAAGUUGUAAUUUUGAACUUGAAAGAUCUUUGUCUUGGAGGAACACUAGCACCUGAUCUCAGAAACCUUUUUCACAUAAAGUCUAUUAUUUUGCGCAACAAUUCUUUUACCGGCGUAAUUCCUGAAGGAAUUGGAAAGUUGAAGGAGUUGGAGGUGCUAGAUUUUGGAUACAAUAAUGUCACCGGACCACUUCCACCUGAUCUUAGCAGCAAUCUCUCCCUGACAAUCCUUCUCCUGGACAAUAACAGCCUUCUCGGCAACUUAUCACCUGAAAUUCAACAACUGAAAACGCAUUCUGAAUUUCAAGUGGAUGAAAACCAACUAGAGACUGCAGAUAAAGGAUCAUCUUGCAAUAAAAGAUCAACCAUGUGGAAUUCUGUUCAAACUGAAAAUGCAAUCAACAAGCGACAGCUGCAAGUGACCAGUGCCCCUCAAGAAAUUGGAUCACCAUACUUACGAAGCCGUUUCCUUUUUCCGCCACCACCUCCUGAAUCUGGACAUGGGAAAUUUGUGCCACCACCAUCUUUGCUUUUGCCUUCCCCACCUGUGAAUGUUCCUUCCCCAUCUCCUCCACCGGAACCAAAUCCGCCUUCCUCUUCUCCCCGUGCAAAUGAUUCUUUUCCAUCUCCACAGGAACCAAAUCCGCCUUCACCUUCACCAAUUGGUGCUGCUUCAAGAUCCUCUAAUAGUUCUAGCAAAAAUAUUGCAAUAACUUCUGGAGCCAUAGGGGGUACUCUAUUUGUCAUUUCCAUUAUCAUCAUAUAUGUCUGUAAAAUUAAUAAGGCUACUGUCAAACCCUGGGCCACAGGAUUGAGCGGGCAGCUUCAGAAAGCAUUUAUAACUGGUGUGCCAAAGCUUAGGAGAUCUGAGCUUGAAGCAGGCUGUGAAGAUUUCAGUAAUGUAAUUGGUUCUUCACCAAUUGGCACACUGUACAAGGGAACAUUGUCCAGUGGUGUUGAAAUAGCUGUGGCCUCAGUAGCAGUUACAUCUUCCAAGGACUGGCCUAGGCAUUUAGAAGUUCAAUUUAGGAAGAAGAUUGAGACAUUAUCCAAAGUGAAUCACAAGAAUUUUAUCAACCUUCUUGGAUAUUGUGAGGAGGAGGAGCCCUUCACAAGAAUGCUGGUUUUUGAAUAUGCUCCAAAUGGGACACUCUUUGAACAUUUACACAUUAAAGAAUCUGAACACCUGGACUGGGGAAUGCGGUUGAGAAUUGCAAUGGGCAUGGCGUACUUCCUCGAGCAUAUGCACCAGCUGAACCCCCCAAUAACUCACAACAAUCUGACCUCUUCAGCCAUUUCUCUUGCUGAAGACUACGCGGCCAAAAUUUCAGAUUUCAGUUUUUCAAAUGUGAUAACAACUAAGAUGGAAUCAUCUGGCAAAAAGUUCUUGGAUACUCCAAUGGCACAUCCAGACAGUAAUGUUUAUAGUUUUGGUGUGGUGUUAUUUGAAAUGGUAACAGGCAGAAUACCUUACUCAGUGGACAAUGGCUCACUUGAACACUGGGCAUCAGACUAUUUGAGAGGGGACCAACCCCUUAAAGACAUGGUUGAUCCGACUCUAGACUCCAUUGAAAAGGAGAAGGUGGAAAGAAUUGGUGGAGUGAUAAAAUCUUGUGUCCACCCAGAUCCAGAGCAAAGACUAGCAAUGAGAGAAGUCACUGCAAAAUUAAGAGAGAUAACAGGAAUAACGCCAGAUGCAGCAACACCAAAACUCUCUCCUCUUUGGUGGGCAGAGCUUGAAAUUUUUUCACCAGAUGCUAGCUAAAAUAGGAAGACCAGACUGUAAGUACGAGCUUAAGUUCUCAUUGGCUCUAGCAUAUAGUUGGCGAGGCACAAAAAAGCAGUUACCUAUAAGUUUAUACUCGUGUCUGAGAGUUGCUUGUAUAUAACUUAGGAAGGGCGGAAAUAUGGUAAAUGCUUUCCAUUUUCUUUUAAUAUUUUAUUUCUUUUGGAUUUUCUCUUUGGAAUCUGGUGUGAAUGCAACACAAGCACAUCUAUAUACAGGGUUGUUAGCGA